AUGAGCUCGACCAUCCCCAACCAAGUCCCCGCCUGGACAUACACGGCGGGCUAUCCUCACUCCCUCAAGCUCUCCAACACCCCUCUGCCCCAGACCGCAGCCAAUGGCCACAUCCUCGUCCAGAUUGAAGCCUGUGCGCUCAAUCCCGUCGACAUCCAGAUGAUGAACAUGCCCAAGUGGAAAUACCCAUCCUUUUUAGGCGGAGACAUGCGUGAGAAGGGAACGGUGAUGGACUUCUCCGGCACCGUCAUCUCCUCCGGCUCCAUGGACAAGUUCAAAGAGGGAGACGAGGUCUUUGGUAUGACUUUCGUGCCCUUCGCUCCAGCUGGCGGUAGCUUGGCACAGGUCGCUCACUUCAACUUGGCCACCACGCCCUGCGUGAAGAAGCCUGCCAUCUGGAGCUUCGAGCAGGCUGCGGCUAUCAGCCUUGUAUGGUUGACUGCCAAGGCAUGUAUCGACAAGGUGGCGCCAUGGGUAGAGAAGAGUAGCGGAAAGCGAGUAGCUGUGCUCGGCGGCAGCUCUUCCACGGGAAUCUACAGCAUCAUCCUUGCCAAGUGGAGAGGAUGGAAAGUUGUUGCUACAUCCAGUGGAGCAAACAAGGACUUUGUCACGAACCAUCUGAAAGCAGACGCCCAUGUCGACUACACCAAGCAAGACGUCCGCAAAGGCGUGAGCGACUUCCAACCUGACGCUGUCAUCGAUUGCGUUGGCGGGACAGAGUGCAUUGGUCUUCCCUCUUCGAAGCGCUAUGUCUCCAUCGUGGGAGACAAGACGGGCAGGACUGCGAUGGGUGGGCCGUACACUUACUACGACGUCUGGCAUCCGCUGAACGCUGCUACCCAAUGGCUCCGCUGGGCCAAGGGCAACCUCGGCUUGGGCGAAGCAUACGACGUGAUCAUUCUAUCGCCGAGAAGCGACUACCUAGAGGAUGCCAUAAAGACGCUCUCAAGCGAAGAUAUCCAUAUCGACAGCGUGCACGCGUUUGAAGAUGCGAAGAAAGCUUUCGAGAGGCUCAACACAGGUCGUGCGAAGGGUAAAGUGGUCGUCAAGGUGCAGCAGGCCACGCGAUGA